UUUUCAACCUUGUCUAUGGCACUUGGCACAAGUGCCCGAGUGAAGUUCAGUUUUGACAGUUGUAAUAGUGGUCAUCUUAUAUUUUUUACCUCCUUGCAUUUUGAUACAAAAUAUUUAUUUAUUCGCAAAGUGGUAUUACGUGAACAAGAUGAAAAUAAGGGCCCACGCAAUUCGAGAACGGUGGAAUGCGACCCGCUAGCUCAAACUGAUAUGUCCACAACAAGAAGCGCCGUGAACGCAAUCCGCGCCCGCCGGGGCCACAAGGAGCGCUCCAAGAAUUUCACCGAGCUGGAGAAGAGGACGGUGCUGGAGCUGAUCGCGCGGCACCGCGACGUGCUGCGGCAGGGCCGGUCCAACAACGCCACCAACCGGAGCAAACAGCUGGUGUGGUCCACGAUAUGCGAGGAGGUAAACAAGCGCUGUGGCGGCGAACGACCUCGCACUCCUGCGCAGGUCAAAAUGUGGUACGAGAACUAUAAGAAGAAGUGUAAGAUGCGCGCACACGACUCGCAGCCACCUCAACCCGACGCGCCUGGCUUACUGGACGGCAUGCUCUGGCAGAACAUUCACCCGUUAGAAGUUAAAGAUGACGAUGAAGCAGCCACCAGUGAGCAGGGCGCGCACAGCGUGAAAGACGAUGACCUACCCGUUAACAUGACCAACGGCCGACUCUCAAGCACGAACGACAGCGACGACACGACCCCCAACCCCCUCGAGCCGCACGUCACCAUCAUCCCCCACUCCCCCUCCCCCAAGCUCCCGCACCCCCUCACCAUACCCCUCCUCAACCCUAUUGCGAUGGAGCAAGCGCGGUUGCAACAGGAUUUCCUGAUAAAGUUGAAUGAAUUGUCUAAUACGCCGCUCAAUUUGAGCCAUUUGGAGGGGAGGAAUGGGGAUGUUAAGGAUAAGGAGGAAAAGGAGGGGGGGAAUGCUACGGAGGAAGAGAGAUUAUACUUCACCGCAAAACGCCAGCACGCCAUAUGGGAGCACGAAGCCAAAAUGAAGAUCCUUAACAUGGAACUCAAACAGAAGGAGGAAAUCUUUUCACUGCAAAAGCAACUCUUUCUCAUAGAGCUAAGGUUGAAAAUGGAUUUCCUCGAAAAGGCCAGUGGUAAAUAAAGGCCUGAGCAUGCUGUCACUGAAAUUUGUUGCCAAAAUGAAAUUUAACCCUUUUGACCGCUGUUUUUUUUUAUAGACGCGCACGGUUACAGUUAACCUUUGUGCAUUCCGAGGUUUACGAUGACGCGUAGUAUUUAGUGGUAUUCAAAGGGUUAAAAUACUUUUGACCGCCACUGUCUUCUAUACGUGACAAUGAACACAUUUUAACACUUUCGGUGCCGGGCUCCCCGUUUCCAGUACUAAAUGAACACACGUGUUCUUGGCAGUGAAUGUGUUAAAAUGCACCUUAACGCAAUGUUGUAAAGAAUAAAUUUGCGUGGAUAUAGGCGGUUUAUAGGUUAUUUUUCUAAGAACUCGAAAACGUAAAAGUGACGGCUUGCAAGGGUUCAAAAGUAUUUGAGAUUUAUCAUGGCUUCCUAGCUAUUAGGCAUAUACGCCGCUUUCCAUAAAAUGAACAAUUGGCGUUAUACCCCCUCAUUCAUAAAACUUUAAGUCAAAAUGACAGAUAAAGACAGACGAUUCAUAGCUAAUUCAAGACAGUAACGCGUUUAUGAAUAACACCAAUAAUGUAUUACGAAUGUUUAAUACGGUGUCUACGACACGGCCAUCCUGUCGUUGUGCACGUCCCUGUGUGAUUACUCUUGUAAUCAUAGAAACGAAAAUGUGUUCCGAUUAAGGUCCCAUAUUGAAUUGAAUGAUUAUUUUGAUAGGAAAGCCAGGAAAAAAGUAGAACUAAAUCAACCCAUGGGUUAUAAACUUAUGAAAGUUUAUUUUUAAUAGCAAAAAAAAUGUUAAUCGACGCAUAUGUCUACUAGCUACUCAUAUGGCGUAACGCCAUUUUUUUUCUUUUAUUAUAGCAAUGCAAUCUAGUUAUAAUGUGCCAUUUUCUCAUAAGUUUCCCUAUUAUAUGAAAGGCAUACAAUGACUGAAGUGAAACACUUUUUCUUUAUUCGCUUCAGUUAUUUUAAAGUGAUAUUGUCAUAACUUCGUUUUUUUAAUGUGCAAUAAUUUUAUUGACAGCAAUAAUGUAUAGUUUGUCUGUUAAAGGAAAGUUAGGUAUAUGAGGUGGUAAUAUUCGGUGCGGUUUGUAUAUUGACAGUAUACUUUUUUUAAACACUAUAGCAAUUCGAAAGCUAGACAUUGACAGGUUAUUUUUUUUGUGUUAUAUGAUAUUUUACUUUUAAAAUCUACCUAUAUAUACGCAGUUACCUUUAGGUGAAAGAAACCAAAAACAUGUCGUAUAAGUUGUGAUACACAGCUUAUGGUGUAAUUAUUUGCAAUAACUGUACAAAGUACAAUACAUAUAUUAAAAGUGUGAUUUUAGACAAAUUCGCACCGAAUGGGUAAAAAAUGUGAUCAAAAAUAUCGUUAUUAUUUUUUCUAAUAUAUUUUCGCAUAGCGUUUUAUUUUGUAUCGAUUUUACUUUUUAGCAUAGACGUAUAAUGUUCUUAAGCAACCAUUUUCCGCCAUUAUGUUGAUUUUUAUAGUAUUAUAUUUUAUAUAUUUUUUAAGGCAGCUUUGAUGAAAUUGUAUAUUUAAAAAAUGAGAAACUGCCAAAUAAGAUAGCGGAUUUGUUACUUUUUAGUACUUAGAAAUGUUAAGUUUUCAAUAUAUUAUACAGCCCGUCUAUCGAAUGUAAAUAUCGACAGUUUUAAAACAUUUUGCUACUUAAAGACACAGCGAAAACCAUUUUUUUUAAAUAUGGACUAUAUUUAAGGACAACUUACGAACAGAAGCAAAUAAUUAUAACCUCAAAAAAUCUUAUGAAAAUAAUAACUACCAAAAAGUUUUUACCUGUUGAUGUUUAAUAUGGGUCUUCGUACUUUUGAAAAAAAAACGUGAAAAUUAAUGAAAAUAAAAAGUGAAUAUACCUAGUCUAAUAGUUAUGUGAAGUAGUUAUCAUAAGAAAGUAUUUAUUAUGAAUAAGUACAGUAAAUGUUAGGAAAAUUGGCUAAUUGUAAUAAUGGUAAUUAAGGAAAACUGCCAUUUUAUUUACAUCGAAGGUUAAGGCAGUCCUUUUCCUUGUUUUUAGUUAAUUUUUUGAGUGCCAAGGACACCAAAGUAUCAGAAUGUUAUUUUCUACGUAUGUUCGAUUAUAAAAACCAUUUUUUAAUAUGCUAAAUUCAUAGAAAUGGCUAAUAGAGAGAUACGAAGAUGUUCGAACGUCAAAUGACGUCUUGAAGGCGUAUUUCCAUCGACGUGAUAUGACGUCCCUUGGCGUUCUAAAGCUUAGAAGUGCGUUUGAUUUAUAUAUCCAUAGAUAUAACUAUUCGUAACGCAAUAGUUCGGUUCAAAAUUUUAACUACUUCAAAUAACUAGCACCUCACAGUCCAAUUUCGAUAUAAUUUUUCGGUUUUUUUUGGGCUGAAAGGUGCUGCAGUCAGAAAAUGUGCCAACACAAAAAAUUGUUGAUAUAUAAGAAAAAGUAGUUAUUACAUAAAUAAGUACUUUGUGGGUCUUUUGUAGGUAACCAACGCUUUAAAAGUAUUCAGUCUAAUGUCACAUAUAUAUGACAAGUGUUGGAUUGGACCCCUAUAAAGACCCGUUAGCGUUUCACAAUAUGUGCAAACGAUUUAUUAUAGAAGCAAAAUACGUAAUAGCGUAGCUAAAUAUGUAUUAUGUAAUGUACAGUAUGAUAUUAUUUUUUGUAGUUACUAUUAAAGUUAGAACGAAAUAAAUUUACAGUACAAAAAAAGUAAUUUUCAAUAAAAAGAUACCUCAUGUUAACAGUGUAUUGUAAUGAUAAAAAAAUAGUUGAAUAGUUGUAAAAAAUGAAAUUUUAGAUCCAUUUUUGAUGGGGGCGACCUACACCUACCAUUUUUCAGUUUUAUUUUAAUUUUAAUAAUAUUAUGUGUCCAAAAGGGUUGUCAUAUAUUCUCCAUCAUAAUAAUAGACUAACAAUUUUUUUCACCAUCAAGACAAACUUAUAAUUGCGGUCGGUAGAAACAUUGCUUGUAUGUUAAAAACGCGCAUGUCUAUUUCAUAUCCGCAAAUAUAAAAUUGUCGUGCUCAUUGAAUACCAUAGAUAAUAAAUGUUGCUCAAUGUACCCUGGCAACCCUUUAAAAUGUAUUAGAACGUUUCAUAGCAAUAAUUUGGCAUCAGUUGAUAUGUGAUGUUUUUAAGUAAGAUCUCAGUACAGUAAAUAUUAUAAAAUGUCGGUAAAAGUUACCAUUAUAUUUUAAACAACAUAUAUUUCAAUUGUAGAAUUAAUGUAUGUUUUUUUGGGUCGUCUGACCAAAUACUCUACUUAUGUUCACGAACAAAAUAUAUAUUCAGGGGAAAUAGAGUACCUACCUUAACCGACCGAUUUGUUUUAAUUUAUAAUGUCAGUUUUUUUUAUUAUAGUAUGGUGACUUUUGACGACAUAAUCCAUUUCAGUGUUAAUUGCAAGUAUUGAAAUUCUUUUGUAAUAUUCUAGUUGUUUUAAACAAUCUGACAAUUCGAUAUUAUUGAAAUUAAUAAAGAAUUUAUUUUCUGUU